AUGGCACGACAGGUACGUUGGAUUUGGCUUGACCAAGGUGCUGAAUCUCAGUCUUCAAGUCAAACUACUUCUGGCCUAAGAAUCAUCAACCAACAACCACCUGGUGGGGGGAUAAGAAGGAGUGUCUUGCGAGAAUCACUACCAGGAUAUGAAGGAUAUGGGACUCAUGUCAUCACCUACUCAUUUCCUGCUGGAAGUCUGAUGGGGGUUUCAUAUGAAGCUCAAGAAUUCACUGAAUAUUUGCCAUGGAAUGAUGAUGGAGGGAAAUGUCUCAACUUACUCUAUCAAGCAUUCAAUGCAGGAUUGAUUUUUAAGAUUCAGGAAGUUGGUGACAGAAGAGGAAAAAUUGUUUGGAACGAUGAGUUUCCUCAUAAGACUAAUAAAACUGGAGGACCUGAGAAUAACGGAUAUCCAGAUUCAAACCAUACAAUAAAACUGCAGGAAGCAUUGAAGGCGAAAGGAUAUGAGUAUGAUUCAUCAAUAUGGGUGAGAUAA